AUGGCCAUCGCCUCUCCCAUCCCGGACGGGACUCCAGCACCGGCAAGUGCUCUCGAAGAGCCCGCCGGCUAUAUUCCAAGCUGGGGACGCCGCGAGCCCGUCAAUGCUGCCUCAGAAGGGACGGAGAGUGCCCUCGAAGAGGUCAUGGGCUAUAUUCCAAGCUGGGGUCGCCGUGAGCCCGUCAACGCUGCCUCGGAUGACAAACCUGCUGAUCUUGAGGCUCGACAGCCUCAGUUCAAAGUCCCAUGGAAGAAGGGUGGUGCGGAGGAAGCUGUUACCCUGGAAAGUAGGGCGCCCCAAUUCUUCAGAGUGUGGUGGAAGAACAACAAGGAGGGAACUGGCAAGGUCAGUGGGGAUGAAGGUAAAUCUGUUGAAGCUCGUGGUCCCCAGUUCAAGGUGCCAUGGAAGAAGGGCGGUAAUACCGACGAAUAG